GUCAGCACCCAAGAUCAGGCCAGCUCCGCUGCCCUCCUACCUGCCCCUGCGGCAGUCACGGUUCAGUGGCAUCAAGUGUGCAUCUACCCGACUGACUGACCCGACUCAUCGAGUGACGGACGCACGUGUCCCGCGCAGGCCAUGAAGGUCCAGUUUGCCCCCAUAAACAUCCCCUUGGAGAGGAGGCUGCAGACCGCUGCCGUGCUCCAGUGGGUCUUGUCGUUCCUUCUACUGGGACAGCUGUGUUGUGGACUCUUUGUGAUACUGCUUUAUAAAAACUACUGGUUCCUCUAUGUCCCCUAUUUGACAUGGCUCUACUUUGACUGGAAGACCCCAGACUCAGGAGGCAGAAGGUUUGACUGGAUCAGAAAUUGGACUGUUUGGAAGUACUUUAGGGAAUAUUUUCCAAUGCAGCUCAUCAAAACAGUGGAUUUGGAUCCAAGUCACAACUAUAUAUUUGGAUUUCAUCCCCAUGGAGUGCUUGUUGCUGGGGCAUUUGGAAACUUUUGUACAAAUCAUUCGAAUUUCAAGGAACUGUUUCCAGGCUUUACCGCAUAUCUUCACACCCUGCCCUAUUGGUUCAGAUGUCCUUUCUUCAGAGAGUACCUCAUGAGCAGUGGAGCAGUCUCGGUUUCCAAACAAUGUGUAUCUCAUGUGCUAAGCAAGAAGAAAGGUGGAAACAUUUCAGUCAUUGUGCUUGGGGGAGCAGAAGAGUCACUGGUUGCACAUCCUGGAAGUUUUACUCUGUUUGUCAGCCAAAGAAAGGGGUUUAUUAAAAUGGCUUUGACACAUGGGGCUUAUUUGGUUCCUGUGUUUUCUUUUGGUGAGAAUGAAUUGUUUAAACAAGUCAACAAUCCUGAAGGCUCGUGGCUCAGAGCUGUCCAGGAGAAACUGUAUCAGAAAAUGGGCUUUACUUUGCCAUUAUUUCAUGCCAGAGGAGUUUUUCAGUACAGUUUUGGCCUGAUGCCCUACAGAAAACCUAUUUUCACUGUUGUGGGCCACCCUAUCCCUGUUCAACAGAAUCUGCACCCGACACCAGAACAGAUUGAUGAAUUGCAUCAGACCUACCUAGAGGAGCUAAGAAAAUUAUUUGAGAAGCACAAAAGAAAGUAUGGGAUCUCAGAACAGGAAACUCUCAUUUUUAAAUAAAGAUGACUGCAGAAGGUAUCAAGGAUGCCACGAGAACUGUCUGUCAUUGAAAGAACUAUCUCUGAAUCCGUAAC